AUGGUCAGCCUGCCACAGUCCAUGCAGUUUUGCGUUCGGUGGCAUGGCAUGGCAUGGCAUGGCAUGGCAUGGGCGGAGGGAGGGCCGGCGUGGUCGACGACUCGCCUCGUGCUCACAGCACAUCACAACAUCGCCGUACCGUCCGAGCCGCUGCCAGCCCGACCGAGCCUCACCGGGCUCGCAGCCGCCAGCCAAGCGCUGAGGCGAUGUGCAUGUGCGGAGAACAUCGACCUGGGCAUCGAUAUUGAACACCUCGCAUUACGCAUGGCCUCCAGCAUCAAGACCGAAGAUGCAUUCCAUCACGCAUCCAUGCCAGACACGUCCGCUGCUGAAGCCGCCCUCAAGGCAAAGUUGUCGAGAAAGCGUACCAAGACCGGAUGCCUAACUUGUCGAAAGCGACGCAUCAAAUGCGGUGAGGAGCGACCCGUGUGCAAGAAUUGCAUCAAGAGCAAACGGCACUGCGAAGGCUACAACCAACGCGUUGUCUUCAAACCUCCACACUUCGAGUAUCAACCCAUCGCUAAUGGCGCAGCUCACAUCACCUUUCCUGCCGGUCCCUUCAUGGAGACACAGCAGACGGAGGCACCGCCCGCGCCCGCGCCGCCUCUUGAUCCGGCCAUGUAUGGUCAAUUGCGACCUCGGCCUACCGAGCAACAGUUCAUGACUGUGUUCGAUCAACAUACACAGCAAAUUGUUCGCAUUCCAGUCCCUCCACAACAACCCCAUCAUCCUUCCCAGCUGCCACCGAAUGACCACUGCCAACCAUUUGCUGCACCACCCGUCAUUAGUCCAGGACAUAUGAUCCAAGAUCCAUUUCGAUCGCACCAGUAUGCUCAACAGGUUGCAACCCAAGUAUAUCAGCAGCAAGACUCCCAGCUUGGACCUGCAUCAAUGCACACCGUUCCCGGAAGCAAUGGUGUAGCUCCUCCACCUGCUGAUAACCACACGGCGACGCCAGCGACUGUGCCAGGCGAUUAUCUUGGGCAGGCCUACGGACAGCCGGUUCAGCCUAUGACCCAUGCACAGCACGAUGCGUUGCAUUUGCCUCCAGCGCAUCAACCACGCGUGGGAAGCCAAAAGACCGCAGAUCAGGAGCAGUUCGUAUCUGCGCCAACGCCUGCGUCUUCACGAACAAUGUCAAUGUUACAGACUCCUCUGGUGGAAUCUCAGCAGUGGACUCCAAAUGCUUACAUUCCCAGGCCGGAGUUGUCUAGACCAAUAGACUACCAGCUGGAGUUUCAGCAUGCUCAAUACGGGAUCAAGCAGAGUGCUCAUGUCAAAGGAGAAUCCGAGGACCAGACAACCCCGGAGCUUUAUGAGCAUGAAUAUCACGCGCCGCAGAAUGCGACGCCAACUUAUCUCUUGAAUGCUGCUGCUGUAGAAUACCAGGAUGAUGAUUACUACGACAUUCAUUCGGAUGAAGAGCAGGACGUGGAUGCAGCGAUGAUCCAAGGUCGAGAUCAUCAGCGACAACGAACACUCAACAGGAUAUUGGCAAGAAAUCAGAUCGGUGGACGCGAUCUGCAGAUUCGCAGGUACGAUACCUUCCUCUAUGCGGGCAUUCUCGACACAUACAAGGUCGAGAACGUUGCCAAUCCUUUGAAGAACCCUGCCACUGCACGCGUCUUUGCACACUUCAUCUCAGCCACCGGACCAAGUCUUUCCAUCUUUGAGCGCCAUCCCAGGAACACCUCGGUCCUCUUUCACGAAGGUUCUAUUCCCCUUUCCCAGCAAGGCUUGUGGACAUACACCCUUCCCAUGGCCGCCUUGCAUCACCAAGGCCUCCUGCAUGCAAUGUUAGCCCUCGGAAGUCUCCACAUAGCCCGAUUGCAAGAUGCAUCAGUUACACCUUCUAUCCAGCACUAUGCUUGGGCGCUCAAACGUGUUCAUGCGUCCGUAAGCAAUCCGCAAAGCCGCCUGAAGCUUACGACUAUUGCCGCAUCGAUGCUUCUUGGCUUUUACGAAGUCAUGACAGCAGAUCAUAUGAAGUGGAAUACGCACUUGGCGGGUGCGAAGCAAUUAUUCGUUGAGACUGACUUUGUAAAGAUGACACAGGAAUUCCGUCAACUGAAGUUACAACGAGCGGCAACACAUCAAGCCAGAAUGGAGCGCUCGUACAGCUCGCCAGCGUCGCCCGAAGCAUUCUCGCAAGAGGACCUUCUCGAUCAGAUACCCGACAUUGACGAACGUCUGGUCAGCGAGAUGAUUGGACGUGAGGUGCGCUAUGGAGGAUAUGGUCGGGUAGAGGGACCGCCAAGCGCCAUUCCACCAGAGCUGGACCUAAGCAAAUUCGAAAUCCUGAAAGAUCUGUACUGGUGGUACUGCAAGCAGGAUGUCUACCAAAGCAUUGUCAGCGGCAAUGCCCUGCUUAUGGACUUCAACCGAUGGGCUAAUUGUCCACCUCGAGCCCCAAUGGGCAAAGUUGAUGCAGUGCAUGGCUCAUUUGAUCACCUCGUCCUUCUUCUUGGCAGAAUCGCAGACUUCUCCUCCAAGGACCGAGAACGAAAGCUGAAGCAAAUCCAGGCCAAUGGUGGUCGGUGGAAACCAUUGCCAGGCACGCCGGGUAUGAACAUUCGGCAAGCACCUCCACAGGCCAGUCAGCCGCCAACCCCCGUGUCUGCCAGCUUUCCGCCUCCAGGAAAUCCCUUUGCCGCUCCAGGUCCGCCGAUGGGUGAGCCGCCUCCGAUGCCCGCAUUUUACGGCAUGGCACCGCCGCCACGCGCAAAUGUGCAAAUGCCGGCGUCCUACACGCCAUCUGGAGACCACGCGGUACGAACGCCGCAAAGUGCCCGACCACCCGACCUUCUGGACACUGACCUCGCUGCUGCGACGCAAGCAGCACUCGCCGAAUAUGGUCGCAUUCGGUCAGCUCUGCACACAUUCGCGAACAGUCUCGGUCCUGGCUUCCAACCUCUUUCGUCUGCAGAACAGAUACCAAUGACGACUGCUUUUGGUGAUGCGAAGUCUUAUCGCUCUUAUGACAUCGGCUGCUUAUGGGCAAUCUAUAAUAUGGCCAUCAUUAUCACAAUCCGGUCGCAUCCACACAUGCCUCCCGCAAUGCACAUGGCAGCGGGCAUUGCAGCUCCCGAGACGGCGCCAUACGCAAGGGAGAUAGGGCGCAUUGUCGCUGGCAUCGUGCCUGGUCCGUCAGAUGCUGGGCUUAACCCAAGCCUCGGCGCUGCACUGUGCGAGAGCUGCAUGCCCUCGUUCUUCGCUGCAGUGCAAUAUCAGGAGCCAGCACAGCGCUGGGAGACGGUCACGCGUAUUUUCGAUAUAGCCAAAAGAACUGGCUGGGGCAGCGCAGAAUUGAUCGCAAAUGGCUGUGAGACUGCAUGGGUCAAGGCCGCUGCCAUAGGCAGAGGGCCGCCGUAUACAAGAAUUGUGAGAUCCGAGACUAGCGAGGAUCCUAGACUCAAUGGUAGCUGGGAGAGACUUGAUCCGAAUGCUCAGCCCAACGAGAACGAUGAGUCCGAUAGACGACUGGUGAAGACAAAAGCGAAUGCGAGGCUCAACUGGGCCGUAGGGGUAAUUGGUGUGGAAGAGGACAUCAAUAGGAUACGAAUCUCGGAUCAGUAGUGGACGACAGACACUAAUGUUGAUGCAGUGCAACGACGCAUUGCGCCUUCACAACUUGGGUGAAGGUCACUGUAAAGAUCCGACUGAUUGAGCUGUCCACGAUUCUCUGAACAAAGAAAUUCUGUUCC